UCGUGCCUCCGUUGCUAGGGACGCUUCGGCGGAGGCAACUGCAAUGGAUCAGGAAGAGGGGCUGUCAGCUGUGGACAAUAUAGUCACUCAGUUCAACACCUAUGAAGAUUUCCUCGACUCGCAGAUCACUACGGUGGACUUGUACUACUUGGAGGAUGAAGUCCUCGCCCGCCAGUUGGUGGAGCUAGGCUACCGAGGGACUGGAGAGGUGGUGAAAAGGGAAGAUUUUGAAGCAAGGAAGGCAGCUAUAGAAAUUGCAAGGCUGGCAGAAAGAACUCAGAAAAAGACAUUAACAAGUGCUGGGAAAGACCUGCAGGACAACUUUCUGAAGGCUUUGGCAGUGAGAGAAGAAGACAAUCGCAAUGGAAAAGUGAGCUCCGUGAUCUUUAUUCGUGACAGAAAUUCUCAUGGGCAGGAGGUGUCAGGAUACAUUGACUAUGCCCACAGGCUAAAGACUGAAGAUUUUGAAGUUUACUUUAAUGGAAAAAGAAGACUUCUUCCAAAAUGCACAGAUUUGAGCUUUUACAACUGGGAAAGUCAUAUUGCUGUUUGGAAUUCAACUCCCAAUUACCAAGUGAUCGCUGAUAAUCCAGAAGGCUUACUUUUCAAAUACAAAAGAGACAGAAAAAUUCUCAACGUGGACCCAAAGGCUCGACCAGGUGACAACUCUACUAGAACCCCUAUCCAGACAGAACUGUACAUACAAGCUGUCAUUUUCGACCACAUUUCCAAAAGAAAGACCUAACUACCAACAUGUUAGAUGAGUCCCUAAUUGUUUGCCAAAUUUAAAUGAAACCUGUAACCUGAAGCAAAUUAAAAUAAUAAAUGAGUCCCAUAGCUGGAAGACACAUUAGAAUAUUAAAAGCUAAUAAAGAAAAUCAGAAA